CGUUUUGGUGCAUGAAUUUAUUUUGUUAUUUGAUUUGUGUAAUUUUCCCUUCUAGCAGUAAAUAAACAAAAUUUUAGUUGAUCAGUGCGAAUUUACUUGAAUAUAAACAAACUGUAAGCAGGAAAAAAGGAAGAUACAUCUGGAUGCCAGUCAUGGAGAUCAGCAUAAAAUGGAAUAUUUGUCGCGUUUGUUUGGCAGAGGAAGGGCAAAAUCAUAAUGCAAAAUAUAUUUUGAUUGAUUCUAAAAUCGUUAGACAAGUUUAUGAUAUUACUGGUGUGCAGAUGGAAACCAGUGACAACCAGCCAGACAAGAUUUGUCGUAAAUGCUUGCUUCUGCUGAAAUAUGCAUACCACUUUAGAACCACCUGUCGAAAUUCGGAAGAAUAUUUGCAGUCAGUUAUUCAAAAGACUAAAUCAGCAACGUCCAUGUUAAAAAUGGAUAAACAAAGAGAACGUUCAGUGGAAUUACUAGAAGAAAUAUUUCACGAGGAUGUAGAAUUCAUUUCAUUAAAUGAACAACGGGAUCCAGAAACGGAGGAAUAUUUUGAUAAUAAGGAAGGAAGUCUACCGAGUCCGUUGCCAUUAUCAGAAAAGAUUGGUGAUAGUAGAGACAAUACUAAAGCCCAUUUCACAAGUACAAUUCCCAGUACAUCGUUAGUCUCAAAAAACCAGGAAUAUCACAGAAAGGAUAGUGCUACGUAUACAUCGAGUUAUGAAGAAAGUAGUGAUGAUAAAAAAAUUCAUGACAACAAUGUCGAUUUGAACUCGGUUGACAGAAAUAUUAAUAAGAAACAUGACGAAGCAACUGCAAACCAGAAGUUUAUAGGUCAAGAUGAUGAAGAAUCGGAAGUGGAUGGUGUCUAUAGAAAUAGGAAAACAAAUUAUAAGCAGAGACAUUUGCAAAUGUCAAAUAGAAAACUGAGUAAGGCACAAAAAGGACCAAAUUGUUCAGAGCAAAUUGUCACAGCUCAAGAAUCUGAGGAAGAUGAACUAGCGGACUUUGAUGACAGCAAAACAAAUUCAAAGCAAACCCCUUUACGAUUACAAAAAAAUAAAUACAAUACCGAAAGCAUCGUGGAUACUUUGGAUUAUGCUGAUGACAAUAAAAUCGGUGAUGAGGAUAUAGUCGAUGAGAAUAAUGAUUACAACUCAAAUAAUGAUAAGGAAGAUGACAUAGAUAACUCAGUAGAUACUGAAAUUAGAGUAGAUAAACUAAAGACUUCUAGCAAUUCACCAACACACGAAUCAGAAGCAAAGCUACAAACCGAAGAGGAGUUAUACUACUUAAUCGAAGAACCCGUUAAAACCGAGGAGUCGUCGAAUUCUCAAAUUGAAGAUGUAGAACUAGAUGUUAAUGCAGAUGACGGCAUUCAACUAAUAGAUAAUUACGAAGAAAUAGAUGGUUGUGAAGAAGGUGAAGAACCUGAGUAUGUUGACGCGGAAACACCGAGAUCUGUGGUUCAGAUAGAAGAGUAUCUAAUAGAUGAAAUCGAAACUGAAUCGGUGCCACAACAUGAGUUGGAAUUAAAUGAGGAUCAAUUAACAAAACGACCCAGCUCAACGACCAUUAAAAUCAGGGAUCGAGCUUCACCACAUAUACGCAGAAAAGGUAAUGAUUCGUAUUUAUUUUCCUGUGACGUUUGUGGCAAUCAUUUCACCAGUCGAAGCCUUAGAAAUUAUCACAUGAGAAUACACCGCAAGGAAAAAAAUUUUGAGUGCGAGCUAUGCUUUAAACGCUUUACAGCGGCGUGUAAUCUAACGGCGCAUAUGCGUAUACACACAGGAGAAAAACCAUACGAAUGUAAAUAUUGCUUACGAAGGUUUACGGAUCGAAGUACGCAUGUAAAACACGAACGGAUACACACGAAUGAGAAACCUUUCCAGUGCAACAUUUGUGGCAAAUCAUUUGCCUUAUCCACUACGCUUCGUACGCACGAAAAAGUGCACACAAAUGAAAAGCCUUUUAAAUGCGAGCCCUGCGAGAAAUCAUUUAAACUGCCCCAUCAGUUAAAAUCUCACCUGCUCACAAACCAACAUAAAAACAUUGUAACAGCGAAUGAGCUGGGGAAUUAUAACUAAAUAAAGUUAUUACAUAUAGCUUA